CCAUCACGUCUGUGUCUGUUUUGCUAGCAUGUAACAAUAACAGCUAACAGUACACAUGUUUUCACAAUAUUUUUGAAGUUUUACUCAGCAAAGAUGUUGCCAGAAAGUGUAGUUUUACGAUAAGAGGACGUUACAUGUCUCGACACACGAAUGUUAACUAUGUCAGACCAGGAGUUUCUCCAAAUCAUCCCAUGUUUGGCCGUUACCUGAGCACAGUGGGCUUUCCGCCAGCUCAGACCGUUUACUACCACUGGAGACACUGGUAUCAGCCUCGUCAUUUAUGGUUGAGACAUCCAUCCCACCUGCCGCAUCCCUCGUCCUCCUUCAGCACUGUCAGACAUCCCUCCAAUAGGCCCUCGAGACCUCCAGAUCCAUACAGGUGGAGCUCCUGGAGGCAAACUGGAAUACUGCCACACACUCAACCCAGACGAGGACUUCAGAUUUCUGCAGGUCUGAUGGACCGCUCUAAUAGCGAGCCACCACAGAAAAGAAGGAAGAGUGCAGACGGAAGGCCAGCGGGGGAAAGAUCUCAGCGCUCACCUGAACGUUCACCUCCAAAAGGCAGCAGGAGUCCAAAAGGAAGUCCUGAAUGGCUACGUAAUGUAACCGGCAUGCCAGUUCCUCCUGGAAAACUUCCAUCUCCAGCCACACCAGAGUUGAAGAGACACUGGGAGGAUCUUUCUCACCUCUGUAAUGCUGCACAGUCUGUGAAAGGAAAACAAAAACAGCUGUUUGAUUUCUCCGUGAUGUCCUACAAUAUCCUCUCACAAGAUCUGCUGUGUGAUAACACGUACCUUUACAGACACUGUCAUCCUCCAAUUCUCGACUGGCGCCAUAGGUAUCCAAACAUCAUCAAAGAGCUGGAACAGCACAGUGCUGAUAUAAUGUGCCUGCAGGAGGUGCAAGAGGACCACUACAAGCAACAAAUUAAACCCUCACUAGAAUCUUUAGGCUACCAUUGUGAAUUCAAACGGCGAACGGGACUGAAGCCUGACGGCUGUGCUGUGGUUUUCAAACGCGAGCGCUUCUCUUUGGUCUCCUGUCACCCUGUGGAGUAUUUCCGGCGUGGUGUCCCUCUACUGGACCGUGAUAACGUUGGCCUGAUUGUGUUGCUGCGGCCCACUGACCCCCAUAGCUCCCUCACCAACAUCUGUGUGGCCAAUACGCAUUUACUGUACAACCCUAGACGUGGGGACAUUAAACUGGCCCAGCUGGCUGUGCUGCUGGCAGAGAUAAGCCGGGUGGCCCAGUUACCUGACAGCAGCGUUUGUCCUGUGUUGCUCUGUGGGGAUUUUAACUCCGUUCCCUGGUCUCCACUGUAUCGCUUCAUUAGGGACAGCAGACUGGAAUAUGAUGGCUUACCUAUUGGAAAGGUGUCAGGACAGGAGGAGAACCCGAGGGGGCAGCGUAUUCUAAAUGUGCCAAUUUGGCCCACAAGCCUGGGCAUCUCUCAGCAGUGCCAGUAUGAAAGCGAAACAACAGAUUCUGAUAUGAGGGAUUUGGAGCAGGCAGAACUGGAUGGUAUUGCCAAGCCCAGCAUUGAGCACUGUUUGAAGCUGACAUCUGCAUACUCCCACUACCUGAAAGAGAGCGGUCAACCUGAGAUCACCACAUGCCACUCACGGACAGCCAUCACCGUCGAUUACAUCUUCUACUCUGCAGCUCUGGGGGAUGUGACUGCUCAAGCAGAAUGCAGUGUGCCACCAGAGAAGGGUCUGCAGCUGCUGGGAAGGUUAGCUCUGGUGGGGGAAGAUGAACUUCAAAAGGUUAAUGGUCUACCCAACCAGCACAACUCCUCCGACCACCUGCCACUGCUGACACGCUUUCGUCUGCAUCCUUGAGCUGAUGGCUGAUAGAACAAAGGUGUUUACAAGUAUCAUGCAGCCUUUAAUAUGUUUAAAAAAAAAACAAACAAAAAAAAACAGUUGUUUCACACCAGCAAAAAAUGA